ACAUCCUGGACCAUGGCUGACCGCAGCAAACGCUCGAAAGUUUGGCUUAGCUUCAUUAAAAAAGAUAACGACACAGCAAAAUGCAACACCUGCAGUGUCCUGAGACAGGGGGCGCUGUUUCUAAAAUGAGUUCCUCAGAGAAGACCAAGACUGAGGAUGGAACCCACGGCCCUGCGGGAAAGAGGGUUUGGGUAGAGAGGGCAGGGUCGCCUGUACCCAGCUGUCUGUCUAUGAAGAGUGACCGUUCAAUUGAUCUUCUAAUCGACUUCAGAGGAGAGUUCAGAGGUGAUCAAAGGGUUUGGGUAGAGAGGGCAGGGUCGCCUGUACCCAGCUGUCUGUCUAUGAAGAGUGACCGUUCAAUUGAUCUUCUAAUCGACUUCAGAGGAGAGUUCAGAGGUGAUCAAAGGAUUCACUGCUCAAAUAAACUGUUAUCCUCAAAACAGUCUCUCCUGCGCACUCUGAUGACGCUGAAGAAGACUGAAAAGUUGAAACUGUUUCAGAGCCAUCUGAUUCAGGGUUGCCCAGAAUGCUUUUAUAGUAGAAGAACAGAAGAUCCUUCUCUACUGGAUACGUUUAUGAAGAUGAAGGAAUUGUUCGAGAGUCAUCAAAUUGCUGAUUACCCAGAAUGCACUGAGAGAGAGCAGGAGGAUCCUGAAGCCCUGUACAUAGUUGAGAAGAUGCUGGAGACCUGUGGCAUUGAGGGGUCUCUGAAGAUCACACUCCAUAUCCUGAGGAACAUGAAGAAGAAGGAUGUCACUGACCCACUGGAGAGAGAUGAGCAGCACAAUGAAUUCAGAGAAAGAGCACAGCAGGCACUGAAAACUCAUCUGAAGAAGAGGUUUGAAUGCAUAUUUGAAGGUUUAGCAAAGCAGGGCCACCAAACCCUCCUCAAUGAGAUCUAUACAGAGCUCUACAUCACAGAUGGGGGAAGUGGGGGGGUCAAUGAUGAACAUGAGAUCAGACAGAUUGAGAUAGCAUCCAAGAGACAAACCACACAGGAGACUGCAAUCAUCUGCAAUGACAUCUUUAAGCCUUCACCUGGACAAGAGAAACCAAUCAGAACUGUGCUUACAAAGGGCAUCGCUGGCAUUGGGAAAACAGUCUCUGUGCAGAAGUUCAUUCUGGACUGGGCAGAUGGAAAAGCCAAUCAGGACAUUGAUUUCAUCUUCACUCUUCCUUUCCGAGAUCUGAAUCUGAAAAAGGAGAGAGAAUUUAGUCUCAUGGAACUUCUGCAGCAAUACGUUCCACAACUGAAAGAGAUCAAAAGUUUUGAAGAUGAUGAAGUCAAAGUUGUGUUCAUCUUUGAUGGUCUGGAUGAGUGUCGACUUCCUCUAGAUUUCCAAAGCAAUGAGAUUUGCUGUGAUAUAACAGAGUCAUCAUCAUUGGAUGUGCUGCUGACCAACCUCAUUAAGGGGAAUCUGCUUCCCUCUGCCCUCCUCUGGAUCACCUCCCGACCAGCAGCAGCCAAUCAGAUCCCUCCUGAGUGCGUCCACCAGGUGACAGAGGUACGAGGAUUCAAUGACCCACAGAAGGAGGAGUACUUCAGGAAGAGAAUCAGAGAUCGGAACAAGGCCAGCAAAAUUAUCUCACACGUAAAGUCAUCCAGGAGUCUCUACAUCAUGUGUCACAUACCAGUCUUCUGCUGGAUUUCUGCUACUGUUCUGGAGACAAUGUUGGAUAAAGUGAGUGGAGACCUGCCCAAAACUCUGACUGAAAUGUACACACACUUCCUGCUCAUUCAGACUAAUGUGAAGAAUGAGAAGUAUCAUGGCACCAAUGAGACAACCCCAAAGAAAAUGUCAGCAUCAAAUACAGAAAUCAUCCUGAAACUGGGGCAGCUGGCUUUACUACAGCUGUUAAAGGGCAAUCUGAUAUUCUAUGAAGAGGAGCUGAGAGAUAUAGGCAUUGAUGUCAGUGAAGCUUCAGUGUACUCUGGGGUGUGCACAGAGAUCUUUAAAGAGGAGUGUGGGUUGGGUGAGGUGAAGGUCUACUGCUUUGUGCAUCUGAGCAUUCAGGAGUAUCUGGCUGCCUUGUUCGUUUUUCAUUCAUGUGUGAAUGAGAACAGAAAUGUACUCAGAGCAGAAGAAUCAAAAACUCGCAGUGACAGAGUGCAGCUGUCUGAGUUACACAGGACUGCAGUGGAUCAGGCCUUAGAGAGUAAGAAUGGACACCUGGACCUUUUCCUCAGAUUCCUUCUAGGCCUCACUCUGGACUCCAUUCAGACUCUAUUAGGAGGAAUACUGACACAGACAGGAAGCGGAUCACCUGUACCAGAUCCACAGACACAGACAGGAAGCAGGUCAGAGAGCAUUGAGAAAACAGUAUUAUACAUAAAGGAGAGGAUCAAAAAAGAAUCUUCAGCAGAGAGGACCAUAAAUCUGUUCCACUGUCUCAAUGAACUGAAUGACAACUCUCUAGUGGAGGAAAUCAAGAAUUUCCAGAGAUCAGGAAGACUCUCUAAUGAAAAGCUGGAACCACACCAAUGUUCAGCCCUGGCCUUUAUGUUACUGAUGUCAGAGGAGAUCCUAAAUGAGUUUGACUUGAAGACCUACAACACAUCAACAACAGGUUAUGAGAGACUGCUACCAGUACUCGGGAACUGCAGGAAGGCCAUUGAUGAAAAGCAACCCUGAACCAAGAGAGUGCCUGUCCAAGGAGGCCUACAAGAUUUUCAAGUCUAUCCAGAAGGAUGAGGUGAUCAACUGUGUCAAAUACCGCACUUAAGUCUAAAAGCACAAGUACAGAGAUGCAGCCAUGGUCGGA